CUGGGGCUAUACCCUGCCCCUAUCCUCAUUCCUCACAAUAAAGGAUCGCCAAAACCAAACCCAUAUCCCCACAUUUCACUAUUUCACUACACAACCAUCCGCCAGCAAUGUCCCAAGCUCUUCUCCUUCUCGUCUUUUGCUUUCUUCUGCCAAUCUUUCAGGCACUGCCGGAGCCAGACCCAGUUAAGAUCCAUCCGUUCCACCCAAACCCAUCUCCGCCGGAGACCAUUCCGGCGUUCCCCGAGCAGUCCGACGUCGCCGGCUGCCCGCUCAACCUCCCGGACGAGCUCUUCCACGGGAUAAAGACCGCCUGCAGCGCGGGGAAAGGGGCGUCCGGGGAGCUACGACGGAGCCGGUGCUGCCCGGUCCUGGCGGCCUGGCUGUACUCCGCGUACUCGGGGACUGCGCUGGGGAGGGCAAAGAGGGGGUUGGCUCCCGAAGCGACGCCGUACGACCUGCCGUUGUUGCCCGACGAUUCGGAGACGUGUGUGAAUGACUUGGAAAAAUCUCUGAAGAGCAGAGGCGUGGAAUUGGUGAAGCCAAACGAGACUUGCGAUGUUGUGUACUGCUUCUGUGGCAUUCGGCUUCACCCCCUGAGUUGCCCGGAGGCGUUCUCAGUGUCGUCCAAAGGCAAGCUCGUCGGGGACGAGAGUGUGAAGAAAUUAGAAAGAGAUUGCCUGAGCACCAAUGGAUUUCCAGGCCUUGGCGGCUGUUCCAAAUGCUUGAACACCCUCUACCUGCUUGGUAAGGACAAAACUGGGAAUUCAAGCAAAUUGGAGGCCAGAUCACGUAAGAUGCACAACAGGGACUGCGAGCUCAUGGGUCUGACGUGGCUCCUCGCCAAGAACCGAACCGCCUACAUCCACACAGUCUCAGCCGUCUUAAGAGCCAUCAUGAUGAGCACCGACGGCUCUGAUCCUCUGUCGUGCACUCUCAACAGUGACGGAAUGCCCCUGGCCGUUGAUUCCGCUGAAAUUUCUUCUCACUCCUCGUCAACCUCCCUCCAUUUCUCCAUCCAUCUCUGCAUCUUAUCCCUCUCUUUCCUGUACGCUCACCUCGCUGUAUCAUUCCCCGAGGCCUCCCUUUGGUGAACUCAUCUGUAACGCACGUACAUUGUAUUGUAUUCGUUUGUUGUAAUUUUGGUGAUUUGACGAGGGUAGAUAAGGAAAACUUUUAUAUGGUAGUUGGAGUUGGGCCACGCGGCCCACCACAGACGUGGUCCAUGGCCCAUGUGCGUGGGCCAAGGUUUUUGACAACGUUUUUUUGUUUUUUUGGUGGCAUUAUUUGAUGGGCAGCCUACAAAACGGUUGGGCCUCAUGCACAAUUUAAGGGAAUGUCAACAUCAUACUUGGUGGUAGAGGGCCAUUUUAUCA